AUGAACAGACUUGUAUCUGUUAGCGACAUUGACUGCUUAGUCAACCUUCGAAUGGAUAGGAAUACCUUCGGGAGAUUGUGUCUUCUCCUAAAGGAAGUUGGGGGGUUGCGAAAUGGUAGAUAUGUAUAUGUGGAGGAACAGGUUGUCAUGUUCCUAGGGAUACUUGCACAUCACAAAAAAAAUCGUAUAAUAGGUUUCAACUUCAAGCGGUCUGGUGAAACUAUAUCACACUAUGUGCACCUAGUUUUAAGAGCUGUUAUAAGGCUACACAUAAUUCUCUUACCUAAACUGGAACCUGUCACGGAUGACAUUGGCGACCCAAGGUGGAAACAUUUUAAGGGAUGUAUUGGAGCUUUAGACGGAACAUAUAUCAACGUUCUUGUCAGUAACACUGAUAAGCCACGUUAUCGCAAUAGAAAAGGUCAAAUCGCAACUAAUACCCUUGCAGCCUGUGACCGCAAAAUGAGGUUUAUGUAUUUUUUACCUGGUUGGGAGGGCUCAGCCGGUGAUGCUAGGGUGCUUCGAGAUGCAGUGACUAGGGAAGAUGGUUUAAAGGUGCCAAAAGGAAAUUACUUUCUAUGUGACAAUGGAUAUGCAAACGCGGAAGGUUUUCUGACUCCCUUUAAAUGCAUUCGUUACCAUUUAAAGGAAUGGGGUGAAGGCACACAGAGACCACAGAACGCACGCGAGUUGUUCAACUUAAGGCACAACACGUAACAUUAUCAAACGUGCUUUCGCUGUUCUCAAAAUGCGAUGGGGUGUGCUUCGGAGUGCUAGUUUUUACCCUAUAAAAACUCAGAUUAGGAUGAUCAUGGCAUGUUUUCUCUUGCAUAACUUUAUACGAGGUGAAAUGACACACGAUCCAGUUGAAGAUGCACUUGAGAUUAAGACAAAUGAGGAGACAGAUAACAAUGACUACGAUCACGUGGAAUUUGUCGAACAAGUUGAACCAAGCACUGAUUGGACUCGAAUGCGGGAAGACAUGUCACAAUCCAUGUGGUUGAAUCGAGGCAAUGUCGACAUCAACUGAAAAUGGUGAACUAAUACCAGAAUGCACUUGUGGGCGUGGGAAAAUGAGGUUAUUAUGUGCAGGGAAAGAGGCAAAACACAGUGGCCGAUUUUUUUUACAAAUGUCCUGGAUCGUUUUUGUGGUGUGAUGACUUCCAUAGCCAACAAGAUGGGGGCCGUAUACCAGAUUUUGUCUUGAAUCAGGGAUAUCGUCCAGAGAAACCUGUUAGCAACAUGGUGACUUCCAAAAAUACAAGUGUGACUCCAAGUGAAGUAGGUUGUAGAUCAUGCGGUCGUUGCCGGGCUGAGGCAAAGAUGAACAUGGUUUUAGCUUUCAUUGGAGUAAUGUUGUUUAUUCUUGGGGUUAUUAUUGGGAACUUGCUUUAGGUUAUUGUGUCGAUAGGUUGUUGGCUCGGCUAGAGCGUUACUGACGAACCUAUCUAUCUAUGUAUUUGCUGUCAAACAGGUAUCUUUUGUAAAC